AUGGAGAUCGAUAAUGCAUUCGCAAAAGUCUUCCAAGCUUUCAUGGCCAUCCCCAAUGCGAAGAGCCAGUUCAGCCUCGACAAACCGAUUCCGCCCGGAGUCUUGCUCAAGUAUCCGACUGUCGCCAAAGUAAUCUUCAGCAAUGAACCUGGCUGUGCCGUCAACUAUCGAGCUAUUGUGGAGAAAAUCAAGGUUCUUGAACCUCACUUCAAGGUCACAUCUUGUGGUCCUCCGCUCAUGGAAUAUUUCGCUGUGCUCCGCAAGAAACGCAACAAGUGGGCCGUCGCUUUCGCCAAUUACCAGUCUCACAUGAUCUUGACCUUUCUUGUCGAACAAAAACUCUAUGGUUGCCCUUUGAAUGCAAGUCAGCGUGCCGCAUUCCCCGACGGACCCAGAGCUGUGCUCAGUGAGAGCUUAGCAGCUGCUUGGCAGGAACUCUCCGACAUCAAAAAGAGCCGCGAGUUUGUGCAAAAUGUUCGGAUCCUCGAAGAAUGCGUCAAGCAGCACAAGAUUUAUCUCCAGCGCAAGGCGGCGGCGCAGAAGCAGAGACAAGCUUUAGUGAAGAAGAAGCAAGCAGAGGCCCGAAAGGCGAAAAAGGCAGCACUGGCGUCUUCAGCAGUGUCUCACCAGCAGCGACCCAGUGCUGUGCAGUCAACCUUCAACCCAGACUUGCCAGACUUUGCUCAAUUCAUCAGUAGCUUUACAUCACCUACUCCUCCACCUGUGGCUGCAUCGUCGAACAAGAAGCCUCAAAAAGUCACCACAAACAUUUCCCAAGCCACCAAGACAGCCAACUCCAUCAAUGCCACUGUUGAGAACAAGUCUGCUAAGCGAAACGGCGCACGUGCUGCUGCCGCUGAAGCUCAACCAAUUACUAUGGCUGCGACUAGUACGAACAUGACCACUCAACCUCCAGCGAACUCUAUGGCUCAGACGAGCCUGGGUGUGAUCGCCCCAACUUCAGCAAAUAGUGCAGCCCCAAACAAUAUGAUGAUGAUGGGUCCAACUCCAGCAGUUCGCAUUGACAAACCUACUUCAACCAGGAUCACCCGGCUGACUCGCAAUCCCGGCACUACAGAGGAGUGGAUGAUGGAAGAACCACUAUUCCCAUACUUUGUCAGCAUCUACGGUUACCCUCCUCCCAACUGCUUUGUUGGGCCCCUACCUGGGUCUCAUGGAGAACAUAAGGUCUACAUUGAGCAUCAGCCGAAAUACUCUCCAGAAGAACUCGAAAAGUACAAGCAAAUGGGAACAAAGCCACCUCCCGCGCGCUACGUAACGCUUCACGAGAAAAAAGUCACCCACCAGACUCCAGUCACAUCGCAAAUGCCUAACACCACCCAUUCGAAUGCCAUCAUCAAUAUGAACGAUCCUACGGCAUGUACCGUCACUGCGAUUAACCACGACGGUUCCGACAAGGAAGUUGAGCCUCCUGGCCUUGGCCAUGCUUCAUCUACGAGCAAUGCAGCCUCGGCUCCUGAAGAGGUUACUGAGCAGUCUUCAACUGAGCCAGGGAUCAAUAACGAGGCCGAUGUCGAGCUUGAGAAGGCAAUUCGCGCCGAGAUUGGAUCGGCAAACCCGGACUCUGCAGCUUCGACCAACAGUCUACCCUCGACCAUGCCAGGCAGCAUCGAACAAGCUCAAGCAACCGUAGAGCAGAACACUUCGACCGCUCUGGAGGUGAGCCAAGAUGUGGCCAGCAAUGAAACGGGAGCUUCGCUGUCUGCCUGCCCACCUGCAUCCAACUCGCCUACUCUCACCAGCAGUAACUCCACCGAGCGGACUCUUGCUGAAGCAGACCCUUCCGGGUUCAUGUCCUUUGAAGAAUUCACAGAGCGUUUCAACAAUGGCGAGUUUCAGGAUGAGUUACCUGCCUAUGACCCCACCCUCGAUAUUACUUUCGAUGCUACCCUUAAUCCUACACUCGAUCACACCCUUAAUCCCACAAUCGAUCCCACCUUCAAUCCCACCCUUAAUCCCACACUCGGUCCCACAUUCGAUCCCACCCUUAAUUCUACCUUGGAGCCGUGCAAGCAGUCUCAGGACCUGGGCAUGGACAUGGGUUGGCAGGGCUGGGAUGGCGAGAUCGCUCUACCUCCGCUUGGUUCUACUCCGGAUGUCGAUGGCUUCGAGGAGAAUCAGUACUUUAACGAGUUGUUUGGAAGGGGUGCUUAUGACAACUAG